AUGACCCCGCGCGUGCCGCCGUACCGCCACCAACCGGCGCACCUCGUUCUCACCGACGCUGUUGCUGCCUGGCACCCCUUCCACAAGAAGCCCUGCCUCUCCGACCGCUCCACUGCCCCCCCAUCUGCUCACCAUGCUGACGCAGCCGCCGCCGGCGCGGAAACCACGACCCCUCCUCCUUCCGCAGUUGGCAGCGGAGGAUCCUUCCGGUUGCUCGGGCUCCGCAAGCGCCGGCGCCGUGGAGGAAUCUCGCGGUCGGUCUCAGGUCGCAGCAGCGACCGCCGGAGAUCCGGCACGUGCUCCGACUUCCAUGUAACGUGCGGUCCAGGUGGUGGCGGCGCAACGGACUCCAGUGGCGAGAUGUGGGCAUCGGAUGUUGGGGAGUUGCGGGCGAGGGACGUUCCUAUGGCGCCGGAGUUUGCAUCGGCACCAAUUGGUCUGGCUGGAUCGGGGGCAGGUGGGACGGCCGCCGGGGUUGAGCUGGCAUCGGCUGAGUCCGGCUAUGGCAGCGAGCCUGGCUACCGUGGAGAUGUUGAGCUUGGUUACGGGGAUGAGAUAGACGAAGAGGAGGAGGACGGGAGGCAGCAGGUGUUCUUCUGGGGCGGUGAGAUCGGAGGUGAUGAACGUGCUUGA